GUCACAUGAGCUCGUCACAUGACUGGUCGACCACAAACAAGGACUACACUUUAUUCGAUGUUGUAAAUAUUGUAUAUUUUAUGACCUUUGCAGAAUGACGGAGGGACGUCCACCUGCCCCGUCAGACACUUGCUUCUGAAGCCGCUUGGUCGGUUCGUUAAGUCGAGUGAAGUCGAGUUUUUUAUAAGAAUCCGAAUUUCAUCGAAAAGUCGGUUUCCGACCAGUGUCAGGCAUCACCAUGGGGUCAGCGGUGGAGAGAACAGAUGAACAUGUGAGGGAGUAUCUGAUCUACCGAGGGUUUACCAGCACCCUGAAACACUUUGACAGCGAGAUCAAGGCUGACAAGGAGAAAGGCUUCAGGGUGGAUAAGAUCAUUGAUCAGCUGCAGCAGUUUGUCCUGACCUUUGACCUCUUUGGUCUGAAGGAGUACUGGCUUUACCUGGACAGACGUCUGUUCUGCAGAUUGGAGGAUGUUUACAGACCCACGGUUAACAAGCUGAGAACCAGCCUGUAUCGAUACUACGUCAUCAACACGAUCCAGAAGGGAAACGUGGAGCGGACUCAGGAGUUCUUCCACAAGCAAGCGUUGGAGCUGCAGGGUCAGGUGGAGUGGCGUGACUGGUUCGUCCUGCCGUUCAUCUCCAACCCUGAGCAGAACGCCACCUUCUCGCCGUACUUCUCACGCCAGUGGGCCGACACCUUCCUGGUGUCCCUGCACAACUUCCUGUCGGUCCUCUUCCAGUGUAUGCCCCAGCCCGUCCUGCUGAGUUUUGACGCUGAAGUGCAGAAGAUGACGAGUCUGACUGAAGACAAUGAACAGCUCCGGCAGAUGCUGUUCGCUCUGCAGACGGAGAGUCGGGACCAAGGGGGUGGAGAUGAGAUGGUCCACCACAAGCUGCCGGCGUACGUCCAGAACAUGGAUCGUCUGGGAGACACUGAGCUGGACUUGGUGUCCAGCCAACGCGCCGUCAGCACCUCCACCACCCCUUCCAGGAACUUCUUCUCCACAUUCCUACCACAGGGCCGACGCACUCCGGGGAAAGCGCCCCAGGUCUCCACCGGGUCCUCACCGACCCAGGUAGCAGUGAUCAGGAAGGAGCCGCCAACGAGUCAGCCACCAAAGGCGAAGGAGGCGGUACCGGCUAAGGAGGCGAGGCCAGUUUCCAGCCUGCUGUCAACCAGCGAAGGUGCAAAUCCACAGUCCCAACAGGCGUCGAACCAGCCAUCGCAUCCCAGACACAAGAGAAUCCAGGAGCACGAGAAGGAGAGAAAGGAGCUCUUCUCCAAACCACAGCCACAGACCCCAGAGAGGAAGAUGGAGACGGGGGAGGUCGAGCCUCCUGCUGAGACCUCCAGUGAACCCCCUGAAUGCACCUUGAGUGUUAAAACGUGUGGAGGAUCAGAAGCAGGAGGUCUCUCAGCAGAACAGCCUUUCAUCAAACUCAGCCAGGAGGAAUAUGCAGAACAUCACUCCUCCAUCAUGCACUGCAGGGUUGACUGUUCUGGUCGCCGCGUUGCCAGUUUGGAUGUAGAUGGAGUCAUCAAGGUGUGGUCAUUUAACCCUAUCAUGCAGACCAAAGCCACCAUCAUGUCCAAGUCUCCUCUGCUGUCUCUGGAGUGGGCCACCAAACCGGACAGACUGCUGUUGCUGGGCAGCGGCGUUGGCACCGUGCGACUGUAUGAUACAGACUCCAAAAAGACUCUCUAUGAGAUGAACAUCGACGAAACGCAUCCACGUAUCUUGUCUCUAGCCUGCAGUCCCAGCGGCUCCUCGUUCGUGUGCUCGGCUGCAGCCCUCAGUCGGUCUGGAAGCGUGGAGUCCGUGUCUCGUCUUCCCAUACCAGUGUCUGGACAGCUGCUGCUGUGGGACACCAAGACCGUCAAGCAGCAGCUCCAGUUCUCUUUAGAACCGGAACCAGUGGCCAUUAAUUGCACAGCAUUCAACCACAACGGGAACCUGCUGGUGACUGGAGCUGCUGAUGGCGUCAUCAGGCUGUUUGACAUGCAGCGUUAUGAGAGCGUCAUGAGCUGGAGAGCUCACGAUGGAGAGGUUUACAGUGUGGAGUUCAGCUACGACGAAAACACAGUCUUCAGCAUCGGAGAGGAUGGAAAGUUCAUCCAGUGGAACAUCCAUCGCUGUGGGGUGAAGCAGUCAGAGCAGGUGCUAAAUCAGGAGGCCACUGGGCCCUUCGUCCUGUCAGGGUACAGUGGAUACAAACAGGUUCAGGUUCCACGAGGUCGUCUCUUUGCCUUUGACUCUGAAGGACAACAUGUUUUAACUUGUUCCAGCUCUGGAGGACUCAUAUACAGACUGACCAAUGGGGAGCCAGCUUUGGAGAACGUGCUGUCGCUGGGCGGGCACAAGGCACCUGUGGUGACAGUGGAUUGGUGCUCGGCUGUAGAGUGUGGCACCUGCCUGACGGCGUCCAUGGACGGAAGGAUCAAACUAAGCACACUCCUGGCACAGAAGACCUGAGGGAGACGCCGUGAAUUCAACCCAGUCUGUCCAUUUACUGAAGUAGGUUAUGCCACAAGCGAUGCUGCCUGUAGAUACUGCAUCAUGUUUCUCAUAUGAUAUGUCAUAUUACCAUUAAACACCCAGUGGAAGUAA